CGCCGCUAUCUAUAAGCUAAUAGUUGAAGGAGGGAGUUUGUAGUGUUGGUGGAUUCUCUCGCUUCUCUCCGGUGAGGGAGGAGGACGUGGGAUUUGAGAAAAAAAAAACACUUUUUAGAAUCUUCAGAUAUUUUUCAGAAAAGACAUAAAAAGAAGACAAACAGAUCGAUAAACAUGACAAAUCCAUUGUACUGGACUAUACUGAUCGGGAUGGCUGUCCUGAUGAUGGAGCAAGACACGGACAAGCGGCGGGGGAGCGGCUAACCGGGUGGACCUGUCAGGUUCGCGCUAGGAAGUACAUCUGAUGAGCCCCACGUCACAGUGGGCGGCUGACCCUUCCGAAGAAGACUGCAGAUGACAGUCGAAACAUGUCUAGGGUUGCCUGUCCACAGUCAAGGCGAUUCUCUAUCCGACAACAAAGUGAUGGACAAUAUUACCGUUCGACAAGGAGAGACAUUAAUUCUCAGGUGUGCACAGGGGGACAUUGUCACACAUACGGCAUGGCUAAAUCGGUCAAGUAUACUAUAUGCCGGAGAUGAAAAAUGGUCCGUGGAUCCAAGGGUGAGUCUGGUGACACUUAAUCAAGAGGAGUUUACCAUCAAGAUUGAAAACGUGGACAUGACAGAUGAGGGGCAGUAUGUUUGUGCGGUCCAGACCAGCAGUCGGCCAACAACCACCGUAAUACAUGUCCUCGUCCAAGUACCACCAAAAAUCAUCGAUCUGUCAAGAGAUAUCGUGGUAAAUGAAGGCUCCAAUGUCACACUGAUGUGCCAAGCCAUCGGAAAACCAGAGCCUUUCAUCAGCUGGAAACGCAUCUCAUCUUCAGGAGACCUGGCAACAGACGAUGAUUACCUGGAAAUCCCAUCUAUCUCCAGACAGAGAGCAGGGACUUAUGAAUGUACAGCUGUCAACGAUAUUGACACAGAUACCCAGACUGUAGACAUCACUGUCAACUAUGCGCCAACUGUGUCUGAUGGAAGAGAUGUUGGUGUUACUCUGGGCCACAGGGGAGUACUGGAGUGUGAGGCCGAUGCAGUGCCCGAGGCAGACUUUGAGUGGUAUAAAGACGACAGAAGACUCUCCAAUGGCUUUGACGGUAUUGAAAUUGUGCACACGGGAUCACUAUCCAGACUGACCUUUUUUAAUGUGUCUGACGGAGACUACGGUAACUACACUUGUGUUGCCAUCAACAAACUUGGGAGCUCUCAUACUAGCUUCCUUAUGUACGUGGUAAUUGAACCCACUAGCUCAACACUAUUGCAAGGACCGAAAGCAGUUCAGGACGGCAACGGAACAGCGAUGGGUGUGCACUUAGACACCUGCCUCUUCGUCAUCAUGUUUAUACCCUUUCUGAUGAAAUUUUGAGGAGGAAUGGAUUUCGACAAGAUGUGUGUGAAUGUGUGUUUGAGUGUGUCAUUUUGGGGGUUUGUUUGUUUGUCUGUUUCAUUUGCAACCACAAACUGAUGCACUGCAGUCCAGGAAGUCACUUGCUAUGUAUAGAUGUUGACCAGACACGGUGUGGAAUGUUUCAUGUCACUUUAUUUUUCAUGUAUUUAUUUUAGGAAUGUGACACAUUUUGUAUUUUCUCAUGACGUUUUAGAAAUGUUUGUCAAAAACGCAUUUUUAAUUCAUUGUGACUGCAUUUCAUGUUCUCAUUAAAUCCAGGAACGGUAAUCCUUACAGCAAGUUAAAUACCUCAAAGUCAACUAUAGACAGUGAUGUGGGAGGAGCUGUAAUAUUAUCACAUUUUAAUGUAAAAUAAGUAUUAUUCAUUCUGGUUGAACACAGUUAUCAUUGACGCCGAAGUCAGACAGCAUUCUAGUGAUGUUUCCUUGUUGUGUUGUGCUUGUUUUAACUGUAUUUUUUUUAAAACAUGUUAAGUUUAUAAGUCUAAAACAAAGGGAAAUGUGAAGUUGUAAUUAUUUAGGCAAAAUAGCCUAAAGUUUAUGUCUUUGUUUUUUCUUUCUCUUUCUUUCUGUAUACAUUUUUUAAAAAAUCAUUCUGGCUUUAGAAAUACAAAUGUAUUAAAACUGUUGUUUGUUGAGUCACAAAAUUUAUACAUGGCUAUUUAAAAAUAUAUAUACCGUAAAUUCUGAUGCAUAAGCUGCUACUUUUUUCUUAAACUUUGAAACCUGCGGCUUGCACAGCGGUGCGGCGAAUCUAUGGCUAAAUUCUAACCUUGUGACACCUCCUUUACCUCAGAACUCCUGCUAAUUGUUUCAAAACUGUGCCGCACACGAGUCAGUGAGGAAACAGUAGCUUCUUCUUUGGAAGGAGUCAAUCACGAGCUACCAGUGCACUCACAACAAGCUUGUCAACCCAUUGGCAAUUGAAGGAGGUCAGUAUAUGUACAGUAACAGUAUAACAACAUAACAGUCUGACUUACGGUGUCAUCUUACUAAGAACACUUUACUAACACCACUAAAUUCAUCACACAGCAACUUAUCAGUCAAAAAGUGUACCGAACAAAAAUACAAACAUGUACCAAUAUGAUUUUGAAAAAAUAACUUUUAAAGUUUUCACAUAAAGCAUUGCAUCUGAGCAAUGCAUUCAUUGGGGCGCUGCAAUGACAUCAGCGUCCCUCUGGGCUCUGUGCUCCUUUCUCCCUCUGGUGGACACAAGCAGCAUUGCAGCACCAUCCAUAUUUUCCUAUGUUGUUUGUCCUCCAAUUAACUGCUCUUCUGGCAGUAAUGCAUUAUGGGUAGAUGUGUUAAAAUAGCUGUUGUUUGUUAUUUUAAACUCGUAUUGGUACAUGUGAUGUAUAUUUCCUAGGUACAUUUUGAGUGUUAAGUUGCUGUGUGAUUAGUUUAAUGUUGUAUUUAAGAUGACACAGUGAGUUAGACUGUUAUCAUCUUGAGUAAUGACCUCCUGUCAUUUCCAAUGGGUUGACAAGCUCGUCGUGAGUUUUUUCAUAGCUCAUGACGGCCUCCUGUCAAAUAAAGAGCUGCCUGGUCCUCACGGACUCAUGCGUGCCACAAUAUGUCAUUUUAUGACAUAGACACGCCUUACACAUGUGUUUAGAAUGCUUAUAAUGUGUUUUUUUCUCAAAAUUUUGUGGGUGGGUGUGGCUUAUACACCAGAAUUUACGGUAUAUUAUCAUUCAUAUUCCAAACUCACACUGGAAAAUAGAUGGUAGGAUAAAAUAAACAUGUGUUCAUGUAUUUCAACCCAACAACCCAAAGAAUUUCUAGUUAAUAAUGAAAUCAUUUCCGUUGAUGCAUUGUCUUUCUCAGUUAGCAUGCUAUCAGAGAACAUGGCUAAAGCGGUGUUUACAAUUGCACGCACUUUGCCUCCACAUUGUAACGCAGUUUGCCGUGGCAAUGCGUUUUAUUUUUUCAUUUAUGGCACGACUGAAAAGCUUGAGGACUAGUUUGCGCACUGUUUGUGUUCUGUUUCCGCAUAAAUUACGCACGCAGUUCGUGUGCAUGGGCACAAAAUGAUCACGCUCCCACACGACCGAUUUACACCUUGUCAAGUACGGUUUACAUCUAGUGCAGUAUGUGCAACGUGCAUUGUUCCUGGGUAUGGGUAUGCACUGUCACCACCACUUCCUGUAUAUCCGUGAAGCAGUCGUGGCAUUAUUUGAUCCUGCUGUGUCCAACGUGACACCACGCAACAGCAGGCAUUGCCCCUCGCUUCAUUAAUUCCUCUAUUUGCAAGGGACCUACAAGAUAUUGAACUCCGGAGAAGAACCUCUUACUGCAGAAAAGAAAGGUAAGUCUAAAUUAUCUCACAGCUACAGAAAAAGAAUGGGGAAAGAGCAGGAAGGAGGCAUAAACUACAAAAAAGGAGGCAGGGACAGUGUGGGAGAGGGAAUUGCUGACUAAAAGACAUCACUUUGGGAAUUAUGAUCAGUUAUUAACAAAAAUUAACAAGGGAGAUCCAAGAGGCAUUGUUUAGGCAUACAGUAGGUUGCGGUGCGUUUUGAACAUUUCAAAAUUGUCUUUAGCCCCGCACAGUUUACACAUACUCAACACCUUCACACCAAUUUACUCACUGGAGCGUCAUUGGCAUGCAAAAUUAUGGACCACUGCAGGGCCAAAAUGCGCGCAAGUGUAAACCCUGGUUAAGGCUUCAUACAAAGAAAAGUAGUUCAACCUUUACAUUAACAAGUACAGAACAUGACUUAUGAGUUUCUUUUUGGAAAGAAAUAAAAUAUUUUAUUGGACAGUAGUCAUGCGAUUUCCAUAAUAAGAAUAAUCAUAAUAACUUUAUUUAUAGAGCACUUUUUGGAACAAGUUUCGUAUUAAACUCAAGUUAAAUUAAAGAUAAAUACUGUAAGUGAGUUUUUAGAAGAUAUUCAUCAGAAGACAGGGAUUUUGUCGGUCUUGGCACCCAAACUACAAAGGCUCUGUCUCUGUCUUGUGGGGUAUGAGGAUGAUUGUGAGAAAGGUGAAGGACCAGCCCAGAAUUCCAAGGGAGGAGCUGGUUAAUGAUGUCAAGGGAGUUGGGAGCACAAUCAGUAAGAAAAGUAAAACACUUUGCUGGAAUGGAUUGAGAUCCUGCAGUGCCCGCAAGGUCCCCCUGCUCAAGAAGACACAAGUGUAGACCCGUCUGGAGUUCAAUCGACACCUGAAUGACUCAGACAAGGCUUGGGAGAAUGUGAUGUGGUCACAUGAGACCGACAUGGAGCUCUUUGGCAUCAAGGGGACUGGAUGUGUUUGGAGGCAGUUAAUGGUGAAGAUGAGGACAACAACACCAUCCCUACUGUCAAACAUGCAGGUGGAAGAUUCUGCCAUGGAGAUGUUUCUCUCCUGAGAUGUGUGCUUGCCAACAAGGGUUUCUCCAGCAGGUAGUUUUGCAUGAUGGUGAAACACGUAUUUCCCUUUUUCAAAUACAAGUUCAUUUAUAACCUUUGUUUUAGUUUUUUCCCCUCCCUUUUACAAUAAACAUUCCAUAAAAGUAAUGGUCUGCUCAUGUCUUUGUAAGAGGGUAAACUUACAAUAUCAGCAGGGGAUCAAAUAUUUAUUUUCCUUAUUGGUCCUUUUGCCUCCUGCCAGAUGGAAGAGACAUGGUGAUUGUAUGAUAUGAAGUAUGC